AUGAGGGCUCUGCGGCACUUACGCCGUGAUGUCCUUCGACCUGUUUGCAGGUGCCUGUCAUCGGGAAGGGAAGCCGAGGCACUGGAUGCCUACUCCCGCGUGGUCACGAAUGUGGUGGACACAGUCGGUCCAGCCGUCGUCGCUGUCAAGCACAAGGAUGGCCGCGGACAGGGAAGCGGCUUCAUUUUCAGCUCCGACGGCUACAUCCUGACCAAUGACCAUGUGCUAGGAGACGCGGCGGGCUCGGAGAUCAUGGUGUCGCUUACCGACGACACGGUGCUGCAAGCUGAACUGGUGGGGCGCGAUCCGCCCACUGAUGUCGGCAUUUUGCGCAUUCCCUCUCGCAGCAGGCCGCUGCCAGCCGUGGAGCUAGGGGAGUCGACCGAGCUACGAGUGGGGCAGCUGGUCGUUGCCAUCGGGAAUCCGCUAGGCUAUGCCAGCUCCGUGAGCGCGGGCGUGGUGUCUGCGCUCGGGCGCUCCUUGCGGUCCCAGUCGGGGCGGCUGGUCGACAACAUCAUCCAGACAGACACGGCCAUCAACCCGGGAAACUCCGGCGGCCCUUUAGUAGAUGCCAAUUGCAAGGCUGUGGGCAUGAACACCGCCAUCGUGGCCGGGAGCCAAGGCCUGGCCUUCGCCGUGCCAUCGAACACUCUCUCCUUCGUCGUCUCCCAGCUGAUGCAGUUUGGGCGCGUGAAGCGCGGCUACUUCGGCAUCUACGGUGGCGUACGGCCGGUGCAGCGGGAGCUUCAGCAAAGAUAUGGCCUCCAGCUGCAGACAGUGGUGCAGGUCGCAGGCAUGGAUCCAGAAGGACCCGCAGUUCGCGGAGGAAUUCUUGCGGGUGACCUCAUUGUGGCUGCAGAUGAUGUGCCCACCGGCUCCAUGGACGACCUCUGGAGAAUCCUCUCCCAGCGACCGCCGGGCGCACCCCUGAGCGUGCGGGUACUUCGGCCGGUGCCGGGGAGCAUGCAGCUGAAGAGUCUUCAACUGACUGUCCAGAUUGAGGAAGACAUCAAGCAACUUCCCGGUGCCGGAGGCCGACAGCUCCGUCUUCCAGUUCAGGAACCGCUUCGGCCGGUGAGUGGGGACUUCAAGUUUCACUGA